AUGUCCGCGGAUACCCUGCAAACGAGCCUCGCGACGGCACUGAUGACGUCUGCUCAGCUCGACGUCAUCGAUUCCCUUACGUUCCCCCGUCUGUCCUUCUGUUGGGUCCUCUCCGUGCAUCCCGACCUCCGUCCUGCUCGGAAUACCCUAGCGCAUCCGAUACCUCCGAUCCGUCGACGCCCGCUCCCGCGAAUGAGUCUUGGGUACGGCUCUCGAUUCCGAGAGAGGGCUAGCGCAGAUCGUGGGGCGUGGCGUCUAGACGUUUUCUGCUACUGUAAAGCAGCGGGAUCGGACGCCACAGAACGCUGGGCCCCUGGCAUGGCAUGGAAAACGGCUGCGAAUUGGGUGACUGGUGGCGGACGGGCUCGGCCCUCGUGCGUGGACGACGAUUGGACUGAUUCGUGA